AUGGGACCCGAUGUGAGAGGCACACCUCUCAGUUAUGAACAAUUACCCAAUUCAUUCGCAAACAUGCAAUUUGUCACUCAACGAAUCACAGACGAAGUAGAUGGCAGCCCAUUUCGUAGAUCGAUGUUGGGACCUGGUGAGCCGUCGACAUUUAACGAUCCACCGACUCACCAGGAAUCCUGCACACCUCGCAACCAUCGAUCCACAUGGACGAUCGUGGCGAGUGUCGUCCCGUGGGGAGGCGUUCGUCGCCUUCUUCAGUUCUUCUUGUCCAGUCAGCUGGUGUUUAAUUGCCUUGUCCUGCAUGUUCUAUCCUGCUGUGCGUCAAUCCGAGCCUAAUAUCUGAAAAACGAAAUGGAGCAACGAGGACUCUUCGACUUCUCCCUUAAACACACUGACGAGCCAUACUCCAGUGAUUCUAGCUUAUCCAAAGGAUGCUAUUCUGAUGAUGACGACGCCGCUACUCAGGGAAAGUGGGCUUUUCGCCGGUGUCCCAAUUGCAUGAAUGACGGAGAGUAUGAAUGCAAAAAGUACGACGUUGGGUUUGCCAUUCAGGCGGCUCAGCAGGAGGCACUCGUCUACGCUGAACAUUGCGAAAAAUCCUACGAGAAAGCUCAGGAGCGCAAGAAGCGGAAGUAUGGGCUCAGCAAGACCAAGCCAGCCGACCACAAGUCGGCAUACUGCAUGGACGACAACCCCAAACUUUCGCCAAGCGUCCAGAGGGAAGGAAACGCUCGUCAGCCUACCUCUUGCCAACGCUGCGCUAAACAUAUCAAGGAACUCAGCCUCAGCGAAGCUCGGCUGGAGUUCAUAGUCACUUGGGGACAAAAUAUCCGAAAGGCCACCCGAAAGCAAGAUAAGGCCUACGCCAAAAUUGACGAGCUGGUAGCAGUCCUGCUCCAGCUGACGAGACCUUUGAGAGCCCUCCUUGGAGGUCAGCUGGGCCGUCUAACGAAGAUUCUUCUUAGGAUAGGAGACGCCUAUACUCUUCCCAACUACGAGCCGAGAUGGUCGCUGAAAAGAAGCCGCUACUCAAGCGACGAUUCCAAUGAUGUUCAAUAG